GUCUAGAAUCAGCCUCAAGUGAUAACUGUACAGCGAAUUAUUCCGUACUUUUGCGCGCUUGAUGUUUGUUUUCUGAUGUGAAAUGUGGUUAAUUUUACUCCAGUAGGCUGUUUGGUGAAAGUUUAGGAUUCGCAUCGUAAUGGCGAACCUCGUGGUGCAGCCGAUGAGCCUAGCCACUUUCUCCUCCUUAGCCAGGUCGUCUACCUUGCUUCAUUUCUCCAAGGAUCCUCCUCAUCCUACCACCAAGAUCCUGCAAGGGUUAGAGACAACAUUACCGCAGGAACCGCCACGAUCACUGCCCUGGUUACCUGAAGACCGCGACAGACCCCCGAGAGACAGAGGUCGCGCUUCGGGGAGCAAAGAGCGGCGAUGGAAGGCCGUCGAGGCGAAUCCACGAGGGCUGAGCGCGAACGAGACCAACCCACCGCCUGCGCCUCCUUCAGAAGAACGCGCCGAAGGCAUUCCCCCGCGAAGGGACCCCGACGGCGCGUCUCCAGAGACCCCGAAGAGGAUCCGCCGUCGGGAGGUCUGCGCUUCGUCGGCGUCGACGCCGGAAUCGACCGCCUUCACCUUCGCCUCCUUCGUCAUCCUCAUCACCCAGGGCAUCGUCAACGUGGUCAACAUCAUGUGAUGAGUACCAACAACGACGCCAACAACGCGGGCGGGAUGGGCCUUCCGGGGCCUGUGAUCGGCGUGCCCGGCCGGAGGAGCGUCGACCGCCCGCGUCCCAGGGGGAAAGGGCGACUCCUGCCGACGCCCACGACGGGAGCCGGUCCUCUCGCGUCCUUAGGAGAGGGGAGGGAGAAGAACUGUCGUUGCCAUGCGGUUUGUAUUCCGAUGUGCAAAGUUGCCUCAAGUUCACCCUCUGCAGAUGGCUCGGUCAGGACAAAGAGGAAAAGGAUCAUAUUCUGCCAAGGUUAUUACGGUUGCAGGCGAGGAUGACAAGAUGGAGGCUGGGGAGAAUUUCCAUCACUAAAAAUUGUGAAGAUAUAACAUGUCCACUUUUCGGAUAAAACGAUUGGUGU